AUUUAGGUUUGGUUAUUUCUUUCUGACACUUUUAUUACUAGCUACUUAUUUUAUUAUUAUUAUUAUUUUUUGGUUUUGGAGCUCUAGCCUUGAAUUGAUUAGAUGGUGAGUAAGAGAGAAGCUUGCAGUUGCAGGUCUAAAUCACAAGUCUUAGUUUAAUUUGCUCUAAAUUCAUGGCAGAGACAGAGAAGCAAGUGGUUGUGGAAAUCCCUAUCCCUAUCCCAGGCGAAGAAGAAGAAGAAGAAGAAGUAGUAGAAGAGUCUUCUUCGAAUUCGAAACCCAUUAAAAUAAUAGACGCAUCAGCAAAAGCAAAAGGGUCACCGGAGAUCUGUAGCUGGUACAGUCCCACCAACACAAACACUUCCAAGCCUCCCAAAGUCCCCACCACCACCACCACCACCAAUGUCAAUGACAACCUUACACGCAGACGUUCUCUUGCAAGGUCUGUUUAUUCCAAACCCAAAUCAAGAUUUGGGGAACCAUCUUAUCCUCUAUUAUUAACUCCAAAUGACCACAACAACAACAAGGGUUUGCAUUUCCAAGAACAAUUACAAACUGAGACUUCUCCUAAUAAUUCCUUCAGUAUGGCCACAGCCAUGGCGUCCCCUAAUAAUAAGUCUGCCAGACCUGUCUCCAUCACUCCUAAGACGCCCCUCAUGUCGUCUCCGGGGGAUGAUGAUCAGGAUGAAGAGAUUUACAAGAAAGUUGUUUUGAGUAAAGAGAAGCACAGGAGACUAAAGACUAAGGUUUUGAUUGAGCUAACUGUGUUUGUAUGCAUUUUGGUGUGCCUGGUGGCUAGCUUAACUCUUGAGAGGUUGAAGAAUUUCAUGGUGUGGGGUUUGGAGUUUUGGAAAUGGUUCGUCCUUGUCAUGGUCAUCUUCUCGGGAAUGUUGGUUACCAAAUGGUUUAUGCAUCUGAUUGUGUUCUUGAUUGAAAUGAACUUUUUGCUUAGGAAGAAGGUGCUCUAUUUUGUUCAUGGAUUGAAGAAGAGUGUUCAAGUCUUUAUUUGGUUGGGAUUGGUUCUUCUUACAUGGGUAUUUCUCUUCAAUGGCGGGGUUCAGCGGUCGAAGAUUGCCACCAAGAUUUUGGAUUAUGUGACAUGGACUCUUGUUUCCCUUCUCAUUGGGGCGUUUUUAUGGCUAUUAAAGACAUUAUUGCUGAAGAUCUUAGCGUCCAAGUUCCAUGUGAACACCUUCUUUGAUCGAAUUCAGGAAUCAAUCUUCCAUCAGUAUGUUUUGCAGACCCUUUCGGGGCCUCCGCUGAUAUUGGAGGCUGAGAGGGUUGGGAGAUCACCGAGCACUGGUCAAUUGAGUUUUAGGAGUACGAAGAACAAGAAAAAUAGCAAAGGUGGGAAGGAGAAAGAGGUAAUUGAUAUGGCAAAGCUUCAUAAGAUGAAACAAGAGAAGGUUUCUGCUUGGACAAUGAAGGUGUUGGUUGAUGCAGUGAUGAGUUCAGGGCUGUCGACAAUCUCAAAUGCACUAGAUGAAAGUGUUGAUGAUGGAGGUGGUGAGCAGAUGGAUAAGGAGAUUACAAAUGAGAUGGAAGCAACUGCCGCCGCCUAUCACAUUUUCAUGAAUGUUGCUGAGUCUGGUUCCAAGUACAUAGAUGAGUACGACUUCCUGAGAUUCAUGAUCAAGGAAGAAGUGGAUCUUGUGUUUCCACUGUUUGAAGGAGCAGAUACAGGAAGGAUUGACAGAAAAGCUCUUACAUAUUGGGUGGUGAAGAUCUACAAGGGCCGCAAAGCACUAGCACAUGCUCUAAAUGAUACAAAAACCGCUGUGAAGCAGUUAAACAAACUCGUAACUGUGAUCCUGAUUGUUGUGACUGUUAUCGUGUGGCUUCUCUUGAUGGAAAUUGCAACAACAAAAGUUCUUGUCUUCUUCUCAUCACAGCUUGUCGUGGCAGCUUUUAUGUUUGGAAAUACCUGCAAGACUAUAUUUGAAGCUAUUAUAUUUGUAUUUGUAAUGCAUCCAUUUGACGUUGGUGAUCGCUGUGUCAUUGAUGGUGUUCAGAUGAUGGUUGAAGAGAUGAACAUCUUAACAACAGUCUUCCUGAAACUCAAUAAUGAAAAGGUGUACUAUCCAAAUUCAGUUUUGGCCACAAAACCCAUCAGUAAUUACUAUAGAAGCCCUGAUAUGGGGGAUUAUGUUCAAUUCUCAAUUGAUUUUGUGACACCAAUAGAGAGGAUUGGGAUGCUGAAAGAUAAAAUAAAGACGUACCUGGAGAAAAAUCCACAACACUGGCAUCCUAACCACAAUGUGUUGGUGAAGGAGAUUGAAAAUGUGAAUAAGAUAAAGAUGGGUCUCUACGUCUUUCACACAAUGAACUUUCAAGAUUUUGGAGAGAAGAACAGGCGAAGAACUGAAUUAGUUAUUGAAAUUAAGAAAAUAUUUGAAGAGCUUAAUAUCAGAUACAAUCUCCUGCCCCAAGAUGUUCAUCUUCUCCAUAUUGGGUCCGAAACAACAAAUGCAGCCAACAAAUGAUUAUUGCUCAUUGCUUCAUAUGCCUUUGAUAAUCUGCAAGUAUGUUCCUGUUCUUCCUCUCCCUUCUGAUGAGAUGAACUAGGUUUUUUGAGAUUAUCAUGUCAGUUUGCCAUUUCAGCCCACAUUAUGUUAGAGUUUCAAUUCAGAUCUACAUUAGAUAUCUGGGACUUGAGUCACCAGCUUUCCAUUUGCAUCCCAUUGCCACUGCUUCCAAUUAUUCUAAAUCCAUGGUUUUUUUAAUGUGAAUAUUCAUAUACACAAACAAGCUGAGCAUAGUCUAACCCUGGGCUAGUAGAGCUGGGUUUGGUCAAGUUUAUAUAGAUUCCAAGCUAGAAUCAAACUUUGCAAUACCACAAAACUUUUCUCACUUGACUUGACCUGGCUUGUUUUAUCUGACAAGCCUGUGACUGAAUCUCAAAUUUGAGCUCAUGCUUGAGCCUGGCACAAGCAAAGCAUAUGUUAAAUUAUUAGCUUAAUAUAGUCAUAUGAAGGCUGAUGCAUCAAACCGGCUGAUCUCAAGCUCAAGUUCAUUAAUUACAUAAACCUCAUUCAAGCUUGAGCUCAUCUCAUCUAUUAAAUCAUUUGAGUUACGCAACGACAAGCCUCCAACUGACUUGAGCUGAAGUGGCUGGCUAGUGGCAUGGCUCAUCUGAGGCCUUACUAAUCCGUAUUAUGAAAAGCCCUUGCUCACUCUGGAUUUAGAAUUAAUGUUGAAAUUUCUGCAGGAUACUUUUUUUUUUUUUUUUUGAGGAAAGCUGCAGGAUACAUUUUACAUUUUAUUCAAGGCCAUUGUGGACCUUCUGUUUGGAUAGGACCUCUUCAAACAAGGUAUUGGGUAAACAGUAAGGAGUAGAAUUACUGGAACAGAUCACUGUAUAUAUAUUUUUUAGCUCGAAGUCAAUGUAGUCUCGAAAGUUGCUGGACA